UGCGCAGCGGCCGUCGCCCGCACGGGUGGCCUGCGCUGCCAUUUUGGCCGCGCGAGGCGGCGCGCGCUGGCUGGGAGUGGCUCCCUCUGCAGCGUGUGUUUGUCACCGGCCCCCGCGAGCGAGGAGGGCGGGCACAGCUGUGAAGUUGGUAAGGAAAGAGGCUUUCUACCUGUUCUUUUUGGAUGGACAGGCUGUAGUACCUGGACUGGUGAGUUAAGAGUGUGCACAGGUAAAAUGGAUUCCUUGUCUCCAUCACCUAAAUUUUUAGACGUGGACCUAAUGAUAAGUCAUGUAGCAUGUCAUCCAAAAGAAAUACUUGUGACAUUUCAGGGCAAAUCUAAGACAGAAUGUGAAUUUGACUACCAUAUAUUACAAAAUGAAAUACAGCAUGUAUGCAAAGUAAAGGACAACAUUGGCAUUGGUGAAUCAUGUUUGGUAGAGGAUGCAAAUGGAGAGUGGCAUAGAGGAAGAGUGGUGGAAAAGAGAGAAGAGGUCUGUGAAGUGUUUUUUGUGGAUAUUGGGAAACUGCUAAUAGUCAACAAAACACACAUUUCUUCUGUGAGUGGUCAAUUGUUCCAGCUUCCUCCCAAGGUGCUGUAUGGUGUUUUUGCAAAUAUACUUCCAGUUGGGGAAAAAUGGUGUCCGAAAGCUGUGAAUUAUUUUUCUUCUUUAAUAGGAUUACGGAUUAAAGGACAUGUGCAAGCUAUUUUGCCCUACCAGACAUUUCUUCUUGAAGUGCCAAAAGUCACCAGUGAUGUCCUUGAACUCCAUUUAGGAAAACUUGUUGAUGGACAUUCUUUUCGUCUUAUUGUAGAAAUGUUAAAGGAAUUCCCUCAGGGAGCGAUUGAUAACAAAUUGCCAGAUUUGCUCCAGCAAAAAUAUACAAGGCCAGAUUUGUUCUCUCUCAACAGUGCUGAGAAUUUAUCAGAUUUUCAACCAAUUCUGGAUAAUCUCCUGCUGCCUUUAACUGUUGGCAGUAUAGAGAAAGUAAAAAUAACUGCUGCGGUCAGUCCAAGUAAGUUUUAUUGUCAAGUACUGAAAUGGCAGAAGGAACUGGAAGAUCUGACAGCAGCAAUGCAUUUAUACUAUGAAGCUAUCAGUAAAGAAAAUAUUCCAUCUUGUGAUAGUUUUGGAGUACUCUGUGCUGCCAAAACACAAAAUGGACAGUGGCACAGAGGAGCAAUACAGCAGCUCCUCUCUGCUGACCAGAUAAAGGUCUGGUUCAUGGAUUUUGGCCACAGUGAAGCUGUGCCCUCCAGUUGUGUUCUGAAGCUUAAAUCAGAAUUCAUUUCCUUACCAAUGGUUUCAUUCCCAUGUGCACUGACAUGUUGCAGUAAUCAGAACGAAGCUGCAAUGAAUCUUCAACUGAAAGAAUUUAAACAAGCAGUGGUAUGGCAAACUUCUGUCUAUGCAUGCAUUGAUCUGUUCAGUGCUAAUGAACGUUUAUACUAUGUUACAUUACAAAGUAAAGAAUCUGAAAUUAAUGCUAAAUAUCUCAAACAGGAAAAAGUAGCUGUAGCAGUUUCUGAUCCUAAUGCAGUUUUGUCCACUUGUGGUGAAAAUAGUGUUUCAGGUACAAAUGUUAUUGGCAAUACUGAACAGACUGGAAACUGCUUAAUUGAAAAGAACUCUUUAUCAGUCCAGUGCAAAAUGGCAGAAAUAAAAAUAAAUUCUAAUCAUGUUGCUUUUGUGAAGUAUGUGUUAAAUCCAUCAGACUUCUGGAUUCAGACUGCUGACUGUCAAAAUGAGUUUCAAACCAUGCUGAAAAAUAUUGCAGGUGUGUAUAAUGAAUGUGGAAUUAAUGAUAGAGUUGUUGAAAACCCAAAACCUGGCUUACUCUGCUGUGCCCGAUAUAGCAAAGAUAUGCAUUAUUAUCGGGGUAUUAUCACUGAAGUGGUUGGUGUGAACGUUAGUGUGUUUUUUUUGGAUUUUGGAAAUACAGAUAUUGUGCCGUUUCAUGAUGUGAAAACUUUGCUUCCAGAGUUUUGUGAAUUACCAGCACUAGCUUUGUGUUGUGAACUUGCUCAUGUAUCUCCCAAAGAGGAUGUGUGGGUUAAAAAGGAAACUGAUUUCUUUAAAAAGAUUGUAUUUAACAAACCACUCCUGCUUCAUGUCAUUGCGAAGCAAAAUGAAAAGUAUAUUGUGAAUGUACAAUUUAUGAAUGGCUUGAAACAAAUGAACGUUGUCACACUUAUGGUCCAGGCUGGAUAUGCUGAGUACUGGGAAAUGAAACCAAAUUCUCUUUUGGACAUUGUAAAAAAUCCUCAACUUCCAAGUCCCCAGAACAAAAACAAAAUAUAUAAAAAUGCACAGGGCAUGUCUGUUAUACAUAAAAAGAGUGAAUCAGCAACCAGAAAUACCUAUCAAAACAGUCAAUUAUUAAACAUUCUUCCUGCAGCCAACAAAUCUUUUGCAUCUUUUCCAAGUUGGGAAAGUGCUAUAUCUAAAAUGCAUCAUAUGGUAUCUGGGAGAAGAGAGUCUAUGAAGCCUUAUAAAGAGUUCAUGUUCAAACCAGGAACAGUUCUUGAUGUUGUAUGUUCACAUAUCAAUUCUCCAGGAGAUUUUUCGUGUCAGUUACGAAGCAAAUUGCCAGAGCUGAUGAACUUGAUGGAACGAAUUCAGAAUCACUAUGAAGUGCACAGCAGUCCUUAUACAACUGGACAGAUUGCCUGUGUUGCCAAACACUCCAAGGAUGGGAAGUGGUACAGAGCAUCCAUUGUGAAACAAAUAUCUAAAACUGAAGUUGAUGUGAUAUUUGUAGACUAUGGAAAUCGGGAAAGAGUGUUACUCAAAGAUCUUCAAGGUAUUCAUCCAUAUUUUCUAAGUUUGGAAGGUCAAGCAUUUAGAUGCAGUAUUAAAAAUGUAUCAGAAUUAUCACAGUUUGAUCCAUUUAUUUGGACUGAAAAGGCAUGUAGGGACUUUGAAAACUUCAUUUCUGCAUCUUGUGGGCAACUGACUUGCAUAAUUUAUGCUCUAAUUCUUAUAAGUCCUAACUGUUUGUGUAAUGUAGUUGAUUUAAAGACUCCAUUUAUUAGCACAAGGCAGUUUUUCAGAGAGCCUGAGUGUGUUCCAGCCCUGUUCACAAAAGAACUUGGACCACUCUUUUUUCUGUAUAGUUUUUGCUACUCAUCUUUUGAUGUAAAAAUUGGAAGUGAAGAGGAGGUAUAUCUAACACACAUACGUAGCCCUUCAAAAUUUUAUUGCCAGCUUAAUCGAAACGCUGAAAUCAUAGAUGCAUUGAUGCUGAAGACUGCUGAGAUUAGUAAAAUGCCAAGGAGUCCAAAACAUGACAGUAGCAACAUACGAUUAUGCAUAGCAAAAUACUUUGAAGAUGGUAUGUUUUAUAGAGCUUUAGCUUCUGCUGUGGGGUUGUCAUCCUACUCAAUAGUCUAUUUUGUGGACUUUGGAAAUAAACAGAUGGUAGAGAGAGAGAAACUGAUACCUAUUCCAAAUAAUGCUGUUGAUGUACUAUUCACACCCAUGCAAGCCAUCAAAUGUUACCUGCCGGAUCUUGUAGAGAGAGAGAUUCCAGUAGAAGUCAGUAGAUGGUUUGAGGACAGCUUUAUGGGGAAGCUCCUGAAGGCAGUAGUUGUAUCUAGAGAAUCAGAUGGCCAGAUUGGUGUGGAGCUGUAUGAUGGAAAUCUCCAGAUAAAUAAAAGAAUUAAAGAAAUGUUAUCGGAGUAUGUAAAAAAAUACACAGGGGAAUCUGGACAUGUGCUAAGUUGUACUGGACAGUUUGCUGCAAAUAGCAAAAUGUUACACACAGAAUUCAAUGAAGCAAAUGUUACAAGUAUUGAGAGAAAGGGCUUGAAAACUGAAACAAAAAAACAAGUGUAUGAUACAACUUCUCAAACUGAUUUUAAGCAGGGUUUUGAACCUAAAGAACAGGAUGUGCUUACGGUGCCAAAAAAUGUGCCCUUAAAAUUGUCAACGUUCAAUGGCAGUGAAGAGCUAGGCUCUGAAAAUAUUGUGAACUUUUCUGUGCAACACAGAAGAAAAAGUACAGAUAAAAAAUUUACUUCCAAAUUGCUGCACUGUUCUGCUGUGUGUAUGGAGAAGACAACUGCAGAUGACGUGCCUGAAACAAAUACCAAGAAACUAAAUUACACAGGUGAGCAAAAGAGUAGUCGAGUAAGUUUUCCCAAGUGUGUAAACCUGCCCCCACGUAAUAUUCAAGCGAAUUCUAAGUUACCAGGUUAUAUUUCUAAUCUAAAUAGUUUGUCAAGUUUCUAUAUUCAUCUUGCAGAUGAUGAAAAUCUACUAAUUCAACUUGCAGAAGAACUCAAUAAAGGAGCAAUAAAUACAGACUAUGAACGUUGUCUCAAUCAGUUUGUAGCUGGGGAUCUUGUUAUUGCAGAAUAUGCAAUUGAUUGCUCUCUGUAUAGAGCAGUUAUUAAAGCUGUUAGAUCAAAAGAAUCUUUUGAGGUAGAAUUUAUUGAUUAUGGCAAUACAGCAGUUGUGAAUUCAUCAAAAAUCUACAGGAUUCAAACAAGGUUCUUAACUUUGCCGAAGCUCAGUAUCCACUGUUCCCUUAGCAGAUUAAAAAGUAGUUCUCCUGAUAGAACCUGGAGCCGUGAACUUAUGUUUUACUUUGCCAGAGAAGUGAUUAAUAAGCCAAUCAUCUGUGUGUUUUUGCAAGAUCAUGAACAAAAGUGGGAGGUGGAUAUACUUUGUGAUGGAAGGUCUAUGGCUAAUGACUUACUGGAGAGGGAAGGCAGCUCAAGAUUACAGAAAACCCAAGUGCUAGAUGUGGAAACGAGAACCAAGGAAAAUAGCGUAGUCACAAGUGUUGACUCUGAAGAUAAAGUACAAAGGAAAAUAUCUGAAGAUGCAAAUAAACACAAGGCUGAGAAACAUCUUUGUUUCCUAGAAACACCUAGAAACACCUCAGAGAAUCUGUCUAAAAUUCCUUUUCAAAAUUUAAAUGCUGGGCAGCUAGAAAUAGCUGAAAUAAUUAAUGUUUCAAAAUGUGGAAACUUUUGCAUAAAAUUAAUUAAAAAUGCUGAAACAUUGAGUCACUUAAAGAGAAUGAUUGCCAAAGAAGUAAAGAAAAACUGCUUGCUUGCCUUUGAAAAUAUUAAAGAAGGGUUAGAGUACUUGACAAAAUCUAAAAGAACUCUGAGUUGGUACCGAUCAGAAGUGAUAAAAAAGUUUGAGAGUGAAAAGAAACUGUUUGUUUUUUUUGUGGAUUGUGGUAGAUGUGAAACGGUAUCCUGGCACAAUACAAAAAUGCUCUCUGCUGAGAUCAGAAGUAUUCCUAAACAGGUUGUUUCAUGUAAAUGGGUUUGGGUUAAAAAUUCAGGUAAAAUACCAUUUGACCAUGUGCUGCAGACAGUUGCACAUCAUGAGAUAAAGAUCCUGUUUUUACGAUACUUAGAAUCUUCUUGUAUCUGGGAAGUAGAAAUCUUAAUGGAUGGGAUUCUACUUUUGGAAUAUUUGAAUCAAAUGUCAAGCCAAGAUAAAAGUAAAAAAAUGAAUUGUUCAAAACGUGCAAGUAAUGUACACUCUGUGAUGUCAUUCAGGAUAAAUUCAGUUACAUGGGCACUAUUACAAAGCGGUAAUCAGUACCAUGGAUUUGCAGCUACAAUUACUGAUCCUUCAAACUUCUGUGUUCAGUUAGAAGACUUAUUUGACACUAUGAAAACUUUGUUCAUGCUACUCUCUGACCUUCCAGAUAACUUACCAGCUUUGCCACAGGAAUUUGUGACUCCUGGUGUGAGUUGCCUGAUUAAGCUUGAGUUGGAAGCACAGUGGAAUAGGGUAGAAGUGUCUGAAGUUUUAAAUCACUCUAUUCUACUUACGUUUAUUGAUUAUGGUUUUCUAAAAUACAUCCCUUACUCUGAUAUCCAUAAACUUAAAAUCAUUCCGGAUGAACUUGUUUGCUUGCCACGACUAACUUAUUUAUGCUUUUUAUCUGGGGUGAAUCCUGCGAAAGGGAACAACUGGAGUGAUGAAGCUAAGCUUUUGUCACAAGAAUUUCUGAGUAAAGAAGGUCUGAUUUUCCGGUUUAAACAGUAUGGUUUUGGAAUGAAAUUAGAAGUAGAUGUUUUCUGUGAGGAAAGAAAUCUAGCCGAUAUCCUGGUUGCUGCUGGCUUUGCAGUCUACAUUAGAAGUAAAAACUGCUUUGUUGCACCUUAUACAAAACCAGAGAAAGCAUGUUCACAAUCUAAAUGUGAAUCUCAGCACUCACUCUUGCAGCUUUCUGAACCAAAACUUGACUGUCGGGAAAACAUUGUUUUGCCAUUUGAAGACGAGAACUCUCAACAGCAAAUACUAGAUCUGCACAAUAAAAAGGACCAUUGUACAGUAUCAAGAAGGAAUUCCACUAAACCACGUGCUGGAAGACAACUGAGGAAGAAAACAAAGUCAAAUAAUAAUGAUAAAAGUGCAAAAGAUGAGCUCAAGACUGACCGAAAUAAGCGUAUGCAACACUGUGAUGUGGAAUGUAAAGUGAAUGGCACAGAGUGUAUUACUGAAAAAAAAUGUGCAGAAUCGUUGAAUGAAACUUACGAGACUUCUGAUCUGAACACCAGAAUGAGAGUAAUGAAAAUAAGGGAAGAGAUGCCAUCAAAUUCAUGUUUGAAAAGUAAGUGUCAGUGCAUAGUAUAAAGUUUAAGCAUAAAACUAUUCAUAGCUAAUAAAAAUGUGAUUUUUUUUUUGCUUUAUUUUGUUUUCAUACAGUUUUCUCUCAACUCCAGAAUUGUUGAAAACAUUUUGCUUUAUAUACUAACAAGAUUUUACAUUUGGACAGCGGUCAAGGCAUGAAAAUCUUAGGUCAGAAAUGAAAAUUUAAAUCUUUUGAGAAUAUUUUAAAUGUAUAUGAAAAUGCAGGGUCAUAACUAUAUCUCAACUUUAACAAUAUAAUUUUAAUUACAUGUACGUAUAUGUAUAAUAUAUAAUAUGCAUAAGAGAGAGGGAUGUAUUAUAAACAAAAACAUGGAUAUUAUGGGUCAUACAAAAUGUUCUUUCCUCAAAGAUUAAAUAUUUGCAUGAUACAAUUCAGAUUCUAGUUAAGAGGAUUAGCAGAGUUCUAUAUCUUGGAACAACAUGGAACAAUAUGGAAGCUUGUCAUUAGACUCAACUAGCUUCAUUUUGUCAAUGAACUUGAGCAUCCUAGAGAAACUUGUAUUUUUAUCUGUUGAUAUGAUAGUUUAAUGACACUUUUUGUAAACUAUAUAGUCCAACUAGGCCAGUGACAUUUGUUUUGGUAUAUUUCGAAUUUUCAUGGUCAGAAGUUUAAGCAUCAGAUUGUGAGACUCUUACUUAUGUUGAUGUACUUUGAACCUUACAUUUAACUUCAGUGUAGUGUAGAAGUGACACAUAGUCAAACCCUUGUUCUGAAAGAGUACAUUCAUUGCAAUCAAAUAUUCUAAAGAUUGAAACUUUAAGACUGAUGGUGUGUCAUAUUUACUUCUGAAAAAAAUUGUAUUAGAAACCUAUAUAGGAUAGGAGAAAAAUAUUCAAACUCCUUAUAUUCAGAUAUAGGUGACUGAAUUUAAUGUUGGGGAUUGUGCUGUAUUCUAAGGUUAUUGGUUCAUAUUUUUGCCAUUAUCUACUUGUUUGGCUAAGCAAAAGCGUGUGAAUGUAAAUGGAUAUGUAUUAGGUAAGUGGUAAAUAUGGAUUUUCUUAUGAACAUGGGGUUAAUAUGUGAUCUGAGAUGAAGACCCCAGCUCAAUUAAGUCAGUGGUGACUACUGCUUUUGCAUUUCACCCAUGCACUAUUUUCUUCUCUUUUUAACUUCAGCUCAUUAGUUUUGUUCCAUACAGACCAGCAGGGAGAAGAUAAAACCUUCCUAUUAAACUGAAUCAACUUUGUUUUCAGGAAUUUAACUUAGAAAGAAACGAGCAUAUCUUUAAGCCUGAAAAUCCCAAAGAUUUUUCUUCAUUUACUUUUAAUCAAACUUGAUCCUAAAUAAAUUGGAUCAAGUUUGAUUAUUGGAAAAUGUUUGUGUUACUGAUUAUUUGAUUGUAACUCUUUAUUCAAGUUGUAUACCUAUAUGGUAAUGUUUGCCUGUAUAAUAAUGUUACAUUGACAGCUUAUAAUACAGAUGUUACAGGAAAUGAUGGCAUUGCAAUGGAAUAAAAAUGGUAAAUGCAUGUAUAUAUUUAGAUGUUUAUGUUUGUCUUCAUUUUCCUCUAUAACACUUAAGAUUUCACCUGUUGGAUACAUAAUAAUUUGUGGCUAAAUUAUUUUGAAUACUUUGCUUUGAAGCUCACUUGUAAGUAGUUGAUAAAUAUGUUGAAAAGCAUUAUGACAAUAAUGACUUGGCUACAUCCAAUAUUAAAUAUUAUAUCUGGUAAUAUUAAAUCUGGUUUAGAAUUGGGUCUAGUUUAUAAAAAAGUAGUUUUUGCAAUAUGAAUGUAGAACUAU